GAGCAUAAUAGCAGAAUUGAUUUGAUAUUGAAUACACGCAAAUUGUACCGAAAACUGAAAAAUGUUAAUACAUUAACACAAGUCUUGAGAUUCAACAAAAAGAAAAUGUUGAUAUUGUCUCAACGGACUCUCCAAAAAACACAGCUGUAAUCUUUGUCCGAAACAUCAGACAAGAAGUGAAAGGCGGCGAUGGUUUCCAAUUUCAACUUUUUCUUCAAGACAGUCAACCACUUUCCCAUUCCAGGAAAACCCAGGGCCGAGAAAAUUCCAGCUGGAAAUUUUCAUUGAGUUUGAACUUCACUAUUAUCUUUCAUGAUGUUUGAUCAAUUCCGUGUUGUUAUUGUAUUUCUUUUACUACUUGAGUUCCAUUUCUCUGCCUUUCUUGAGCUCUUCAUGUUGUAAUGGUUUCCCCUACACUUACUUCGUGGACCUUAAUUGGUCUUAUAAGAGCCUUUCUCGGCCUUGCUUUAGCUUUUGUCCUUCUCUGUGGAUCAACCUUGGGGUUUUUCACUUGGAAACUUUAUCAUGUUUUUGGACUUUACUUGCCUUGUCCUUGUUCUGGGUUUCUUGGGUACCAAAAUAGCAACCUGUGCUGGCAUAACCUUCUCAUUCAAUUCCCAGUAACAAACAUUCAUUCUGCUCUUAAACUGCCUUUCAAUAGGCUCCCUCUUAACUUACUUUGGUUCAACGAUCAAGACUGGGAUUUGGAUGCCAAGUCCAUUGAAUUGCUGGGUGAAGCAUGCCCUACUUCACCUUCAGGUUUAAGAUUGCAAACUAUAGUGAAUAAAAAAAAGAGUGAUUCUGAUACCAAGGGAAAGAAAAGUAUAUAUCUGAAGCAUAAAUCUAAAGUUCAACGAGGUAGGAUAGCUGCUUUUGGCUAUCGAAAGUCUGCUAAUUUCUCAGUUGCAGAUGCUUCUUCUGUUGAUGGAGGUGAAACAAUGAUUGAAAAUUGGGGUCUAGUUAGUGGAAUAGAAGAUUGUUUUCCUGAUGAUAAGAACACUCAAUCUGGCAAUGAUUUGAGUGAGGCAACCUGGCAUGGUUUUGAACUGAGCAGUGGAGAGGGAAAAGGUAACACUAAUGAAAAAUUUGAGGUUACUGGAGAUGGGGAAAAUCGGAUCAAAAUAUUGGAACAAGCUAUAAAAGAAGAAAAAGCUGCAUGUGCUGCUUUAUAUUUGGAGUUGGAGAAAGAAAGGGCCGCUUCUGCUUCUGCUGCUGAUGAAGCUAUGGCAAUGAUUUUGCGUCUUCAAGAGGAUAAGGCAUCGAUAGAAAUGGAAGCAAUGCAAUAUCAAAGGAUAAUAGAAGAAAAAUUUGCUUAUGAUGAAGAAGAGAUGAACCUUCUAAAAGAGGCCCUUGUCGGGAGGGAGAAGGAGAAUCACCUUUUGGAGAAAGAAGUUGAAGCUUACAGGCAGAUGGAUACACGUAGAGAUGAGCCAGAGGAGUGUGAUUUUUUUCGACAUGAUGCAAAUAAAGGGGGACAAAUUCCUUCAGUUUCACUUGGAUUAGGUGAAGAUCCGUUGCUGAUGGGAAACAGUGGAUCCACCAGGAAGAAUGAAGUGGGAAAAGGUUCUAGUUGGCCUUCGGAAUUUCAGACUUCAUCAUCUGAGAAAUUAAGUCAUACUGUGGUUGUUAAUUUAACUGGGAAAGGAAAGGGACAAGAUGAUGAUGAUGAUGAUGCCAUAGUAUGCCAAGCAAUAACAAGAAAAACUGCCCCAAGUUCUGGUGGCACUUCUUUAAGUGUAGAUGAGCUUGAGAGAAAUUCAGACUUUGGUGAGCCACUAGGCAGAAAUCUACACAAUUCCACAUUUGAUAUGGAACCAACUGUUUAUGAUGUCCAUGUUAUUGAUGAUAACAAAGAAAGUCCUAAGGAGGAGAAUAGUAAAAAAAGUAAACUGCCAAUUGGUUCUGCAUCAGACCACAAAACCUUUCUAUAUGACUUAGAGAGGAGUUCUUCUGCAGUCAGUAACGAGAGGCUGGAGAUUGAUGCUGAAAUUGAACACCUUACAGAGAGGCUACAAAUAGUUGGAGGAGAAAAAGAGAAGCUGACUUCCUCUGCCGAUCAGAGGGAAAGGAUAGAUAUCCUAUUGAAACUCAUCAAGGAACAGGUGAAGCAGCUUCGAGAAUUUCAGCGGCUAAAGGAGCCUGUUCAACAGACUUCUUUACCUCCUUUAUCUCCAUCCUCUAAGCUCAGCUCCACUAAAAGACGCAGGUGAAAUGCAUUGGUCAAAAUCGAUGAUAGUGCCUAAGCCAGGUACAGUUGCUAUCACAGCUCGGAAAAAUCAUCCCAAUUGCUCCAAGGUUUGCCUUCAGUCCUUUUUGAGUUAGUUCGUAAGUUGUCGGUAAAAUCCGUAAAACAUAGAAGUUAGCGUGUGGAAGGUAGUUGAUUUAGUUGGGUGUUUGAUGCCUUGCCUGCUGAAAAAAAUGUAUGUAAACCUUUAAAUAUUAUGUUACUUUCAAUUGAAUUAGGGUAGCUUCAAAGUUGUCUCUGGUUGACCCCUCAAAUGUUGGUCCCACCUAUAAAUAAAUAAUCAAAGGCCAACUUUGAUCACUGGUUUGUCAUCUUUCUUGGCUUCGAGUACAACGGGUUAGGCCAAGGAGCUGCCUAUGGAUUUAAUUAUACUUUGAAAAGGAAAAUGUACAAACAGAAAAGGACAAGAAAAGUUGACAUUAUGUGGUCACCAUCUUCUCGAUGCAAUCUUUAUGAUUAGAAGAAUGUAGUUGGGAGCUAGGACUAUAUUCCAUGGUUGACUUUGUUUAUUUGCCUGAGCCCCGAUGGAUCACGUCGACUUAAGCUUUUACCUUGUAAUUUCAGGAUUAGAAGUGAAGUAUUCCACCAUAGGUGAAGAUGUAGUUCAUUGAUUCUAAUACUAUAGCAGUCAUAAUGAUUAAAAUUUGUGACUUUGAAUCCUAAACUGUAAUGAUAAAUGUUAAAAUUAUAGUUUAUUUAUUUAUUAGUCGAAA